UUGAGUCAGUUUUAUAUGACUGUUCAGUGCAAGAGGAGAUUUUAUUUGAAAUGCACUUGUCGCACUUGUUACUGGUUUUUCUUCCACUUUCAUGUCUUUGCGACUCCGUAUUCGAUCGUAUUGGCGAUGGAUACUACUUUAUUGAAAGUGAGAACCUCAGUGAGCAUUACUACGACUGGUUCUUCGCCAGGCUGGAUUGUUGGCGGCAUACGAGUAAUCUAGUAUCAGUUGAGACUGUUGAGGAGCUCAAGGACCUGGAACAAUAUGUAUUGUCGAAGGGAUACGACGAGGGCACUACUUUCGCCACCUCGGGUCACAGCUUUAGAACUGCUCCCGAUUUCUGGUGGGAUGGUGUGGAUAAGGCGGUGACUUUUGACCGCUGGUUGCCCGGAAAGCCGAAACCUUCAAAAAAAUCGUAUCUGAGCCUCCGGCUGAUCAACUCCACCCUGUAUAUGCAGGAGUCCUUUGGCCAAGACGACUACUUCAUCUGUGAGUAUAAGUUCUCCGCGCCCAUGGUUUGGAGGUCCCUGAACCAGAACACCAGAUUAAUUGUGUUAGUGAUCCUGUGGCUAAUAAGCAUCUUUAUUUUGUACAAAAUUAUUGUAAAUAAAAAACACUCGAGUAGGGAAAAGGAAAACGAUGAGGAAAAUCUCAUCAAACCUACUCAGAGUAAAAAUCACUUGGCAGAUUCUGCAUAUCUGCAAAGUAAUAUUUCCAUAAUAUAAUCUGAUAAUAUCAUAAAUAUAUUUGUUUGUUAUUAGUUAUUUAUAUCUUAUAAUUAAUUUUAAUUAUAAGAUUACAACAAUAAAAUUUAAAAUAAGUAAAUUUCUUCCAGUACAUUAAGCGAAAAGUAAUUGUAUACGUUCAGGGAAUGUAACACCUUCUUGCUGGCUUCAAGGAAAAGCCCAGCUCUGGGCUUAUAAAUACAUCCAAUAUUGUUUGGUUUAGACUCAGUCUAUAGCAUAUCACUCCAACGAAUAUGUCUGCCUUGGGGAAAACCUUUGUGGGUCUCACAGGAUUCCUGCUACUGUUGGGCGGAUACAUUUACAUCUUCCAGGAUAUGAUGCAGCCUCGCUGUAGCAGGCCCUUUGUGCAAAUCGGAGAUCGUUGCUACUUCUUCUCCUCCAACAAGGCCCCCUCCUACGACAACUACAAGGUGAGCUACAAGAAUCGGGUAUUCAGCGUCCCAGUCAUAAUGGACUGGAUGCAUGCCAAGUUUGGGUGUGAAACAAUCGAUCAGCAGGCCCGACUCAUAACUAUACAGAGCGCAGAGGAAAUGCAAAGGAUUGCCGACUUCCUGCGAUAUGGUGCCCACGCCCAGACCCACACAGUCUUCUGGAGCGGCGGGCAUCGGGGACAACUGAGCGAUCGGAAUGAUGUGAAUCACAGCACCCUGGUGGACUUUUACUGGCACGACGAUCACCAUCCCAUGAAAUUUACGAACUUUCCCCACAAGGAUCCCCCAAAAAGGAAAUUUGACGAUGGUUUCUGUGUCUUUUUGGAGUUUACGGGGCAGGUGGUGGUAAUGCGUGUGGGAAGCUGUACCAAGAAAAUAGCCUUUGCCUGCGAACUGUACUUUUAGUAAGCAAUUGUAUAGUACAACACCAAUACUGUAUAGUAACUAUAUAAAAGUAUUCUAUAUAAUACUGAUACAAAACCCCCUUUUUGUGGGGAUUGGAUUCAUUCUUACUGAUACGAAAAUAUAAAAAAUAAGCUGUAAAACCCCUCUAUAAAAAAUAAGCUGAUUAAAUGUAUUCCAUAUUAUGAAAAAGAAAAACUUUCUUUAACCGGAAAUCCCCUGCCAUUUUUUCAUUAUAUCAUAUACAUACUUAGAUACAAGUAUGUAUGUUUUAUGAUAAAUUUAAUUAUCUAUAUUUAGGAAUAAAUGGUAAUUUUUAUAAAGA